AUGGGCUUCUUCAAUAAUGCAUCCAACUUCACCAUCAAGGACGCGACCAUGAAUGAUUCGACGGUCAAAGGUUCUUACAACAAUCACUCCAAAAGAGUUGUCGCAGGAGGAAACACCACCAAUAAUAACAAUGGAGGGGGGCUGUUCUACCAGGCUAAUGGAGCUCAGAACAUAAAUGCUCCCCCGCCAGUUUCGCAGGCUAGGCAAGGGAGGGCUAGGCAGACAGCAGCAGCUCGGUCUCCUCGAACAGCCACGGGGCCAGCCAAUUUAGCGGCUAGAGGAGGGGCACCCCCUCGUCAGGCUAUCGGUCAGCGUCCCCACAACCCCACUUAUGCCAUUCCUCAGCCCCCUCCUACACGAGAGAACCAACCCAAAUAUACCCCGGCCCCGACCAAUUUGUUCGCUCGAGACUCUCGAAGCUACUCAGACCAGCCUCACGCAGGCACUCGGCCCUCGUUCUUCCCGAUACAAUCAACACCCAACUUUGGCGAUGACGAUGACGAACGUACGUGGGCAUCUGAGGAAGAAUACGAGGACGUCGACGUCGACGAUGACGCACAGCCAUUCGGGAACCGACCUCUCAACUCCUAG